CCGCCUUCAGUGCUGGGGCCGGCUGGCACCAUGCUGCGGCAGUGCGCUCUGUGGGUGCUGACGCGCACCCGGGCCGGCCGCGGCUGUCGCCGCUACAGUUCGUGCUCGCCGAGCGCUAGUGGCGACGCUCGGGAAGCGCGGGCCUACUUCACUACACCCAUCUUCUACGUGAACGCCGCGCCGCACAUCGGGCACCUGUACUCCGCGCUGCUGGCCGACGCCCUGUGCCGCCACCGUUGUCUCCGAGUUCCCGGCUCUGGGUCCACGCGUUUUUCCACCGGUACGGACGAGCACGGCCUGAAGAUCCAGCAGGCGGCAGCCACCGCGGGCCUGGCCCCGAUCGAGCUGUGCGAUCGAGUGUCUGCCCAGUUCCUGCAGCUUUUCCGGGAGGCUGGCAUCUCCUCCACCGACUUUAUCCGCACCACGGAGGCUCGGCACCGGGUAGCGGUGCAGCACUUCUGGGGUGUGCUGGAGGCCCGGGGUCUGCUUUACAAAGGGAUCUAUGAAGGGUGGUAUUGCGCCUCGGAUGAGUGUUUCCUGCCUGAGGCCAAGGUCACUCGGCAGGUGGGUCCGUCCGGGGAUCCGUGUCAUGUCUCUCUCGAGAGCGGACACCCUGUCUCCUGGACCAAGGAAGAAAAUUACAUUUUCAAGCUUUCUCAGUUCCGAGAACCACUCCAGCGGUGGCUUCGAAACAACCCUCAGGCGAUCACACCGGAACCGUUCCACCAGGUAGUUCUUCAGUGGCUGGAGGAGGAGCUGCCUGAUUUGUCCGUUUCUCGGAGGAGUAGCCAUCUGCACUGGGGCAUUCCAGUUCCCGGGGACGACUCGCAGACUAUCUACGUGUGGCUGGAUGCCCUGGUCAACUACCUCACUGUAGUUGGCUACCCGGAUGCAGAUUUCAAGUCUUGGUGGCCAGCAACAUCUCAUAUUAUCGGUAAGGACAUUCUCAAAUUUCAUGCUAUUUAUUGGCCUGCCCUUCUCCUAGGGGCAGGGUUGAGGCCACCACAUCGCAUCUGUGUCCACUCGCACUGGACGGUAAGUGGCCAAAAAAUGUCCAAGAGCUUGGGCAACGUGGUGGAUCCCAGGACUUGCCUUGAUCGCUAUACUGUGGAUGGCUUCCGCUACUUUCUUCUUCGGCAGGGCGUUCCCAACUGGGACUGCGACUACUAUGAUGAGAAGGUGGUUAAAUUGCUGGACUCUGAGCUGGCAGAUGCCUUAGGAGGGCUUUUAAACCGGUGCACUGCCUACAGAAUAAACCCUUCUGGGACCUACCCAUCUUUCUGUACUGCCUGUUUCCCCAGUGAGCCGGGGUUAAUGGGGCCGUCAGUCCGUGUACAAGCAGAAGACUACGCACUUGUAAGUGCAGUGGCCACCUUACCCAAACUGGUAGCGGGCUAUUAUAACGACUUUCAGAUCUAUAAGGCUCUGGAGGCGGUAUCCAGUUGUGUUCGGCAAACUAAUGGCUUCGUCCAAAGGCACGCACCAUGGAAAUUGACCUGGGAGAGCCCUGCGGAUGCUCCCUGGCUGGGUACCGUGCUUCACGUGGCCUUGGAGUGCUUGCGAGUGUUUGGAACUUUGCUUCAGCCUGUUACACCAAACUUAGCUGAUAAGUUGCUGUCAAGACUGGGAGUCUCUACCACAGAGAGAAGCCUUGGAGAGCUCUACUUCCUACCUCGAUUCUAUGGACACCCAUGCCCCUUUGAAGGGAGAAAAUUGGGACCUGACACUGGGCUUUUGUUUCCCAGACUGGACCAAUCCAGGACUCGGCUAGUGAAAGCCCAUAGGACCUAGGAACUCAGCCCUUAUGGCUGAUGGUAAAAGAUCAAAUGUAUUCUUUUUAAAUUUUUCAGUAAAGUCGUGUAUAAAGUGUAUCAAAUGAGCACAUGUGUGUCCUCAAGGACCGAGUGAUUCAGGUUCUUAACCCGGUUUUUCAUUUCUCAGUGCGGGUAACCACUGUUGUUGUUUGCCAAUGUCUCCAAGAGAAGGGUGGUUGAGAGCAGGACCGAGACACUGACACUGUUCCCUCACUGUUCCCUCUUCUUCGCCCAACCCAGGGUCCAGACUACCUCAGGGCUUCUGAUCUUCAGGCUGACUUAUCACAGUCCCUUCUUGAACUGAAACUAGGGUUGGAAGCUGCUUCUGUUAAACACAGAGUUUACUAGGAUAGGACUUUAGGAGCCGGUUCCUAGACUAGAUGAUUUUUGCCCAUGUUCAUUUUCUAAGUUGCCUCAGUUAUGAUUUGUCAGCCCAGCAGUUGUGCUUUGUAAUAGUACACUCCAUCCAGUAGAUGGCUCUGCUCUCGCACAUGCAGCUCCUCGAGAGUGUCCUUUCAGAAGACAGUUAUUUUCAGCUGUCUUAAUUCACAGAAUUUUAGAAUUGUACUGUUCUUCUUAAAGAAUAGCUUUGGAACCACUGCUAUUUUAACAAAAAGACACUAGAAUUCUAAUUUUAAAACUACUAACAUGACAAGUACAAUAGGUUAAUAAGUAAGUAUGACAGGUUUGUUAUAUGAUAAAACUAUGAAGCUCUUGAGGUACACUGUGUAUUACAGAUAAAGUUUAGUAAUGGUUACAUGUUCAUCUAUAAAGCCCACCAAAGGGUUGUAGUGUCUUUAUAUUAUUAUCCACAUACAUAAUUUACCUCGUGAUUAUUUUUGGUCACUCAGGAUACAUAAUAUAGGAAUGAUAUAUUGUAAUUAGUAAAUAUAUGUCAGUAAUUUUUGUUGGUUACUUCUCUUUGAGACAAGCAUUCACUGUGUAGUUUCUUAUUCUCCUGCCUCCGUCUUUCAGGUGUUGGAUUAUGGGAUGUGCCACCAUGCCUGUCUUUUAACUUAUUAAAGUGAUUUUAAGCACCCUCUUUA